AUGCUGGAUGAAUUGUUAGGAGAGGACGAAGACGCUUGUGUUGAAAAUGUAGCUAUUGGUGCGAGUACUGUAGCCAUGAGUCGGUACGUUAAUGAGGAAAUUGAGAAAGUCAGUAACGGUAGUCAAAUAAAACCAGUGAUAUUACUCGACGCUGGUCAAGACGCUGGUUCAGAGACAGUCGGGUUUGCUCUUUACAUUAUAGAACAGCUGGCCGCGUGUGUAGAAAACAAGGAUAUGAUAAGGAACUUCUUAUGGAUCAUUCUGCCGUCAACCAAUCCCGACGGCCAAGAAUAUUCUAGAGGGAGUUUUGAAAGAUGGCAGAAGAACUAUCGCUCUAUAAUGGAUUAUGAAGCCACUGGUGUUGAUAUUACAAGGAAUUUCGACGACUUUUUUACUGAAUGUUUCCGCGUUGAAAAUAAAUUUUCCCAGAAUUACCCAGGACCUCAUCCAAACUCUGAGAAUGAAACUAAAUUUAUAACAAAUGUUAUGAAGAAGUAUAAAAAUGGUAUAAAAACUUAUAUUUCCUUCAGACGUAAUGGCCACGCUAUUCUUUAUCCAUUUGCUUCAAGAAACGUUACUUUGGAUAAUAUGCAAAAGACGAAGACGAAAGCAGAUGAGAUCGCUAAGAAGGUGAAUCAACGCGCUGGUGGCAUACAAUGGUUUGUCAGUCAGAGUAUUUACGAAAUGAAUGGGCAGCCCCAUUGUGGUCAUAGUGUCGAUUACGCGUACAAUAAAAUGGAUAUACAUAGCUCGUUCGAAAUGCGUAUUUUUCCCGAAACAGAUAAUUAUAUAAUGUCCAAAUUUCAAUCGUUGCCUAAAGGUUACGAUGUGUCUCUAAGAACUGGAUAUUUCAGCGGAAUAAGAGAGAUAUACAACUUGCUCGAGUCACUUUUCCACUUUUCGGUAGGAUGUUGGUCAUGCGCCGUGCUGGUCGCUGAGCGCGCCUGCGCCAGGGGUGGGGCCCGAGGCCGUACAGCCCGCUACCACUCUGUAGUCAGCCGCGGCGGCGGUGACGCGUCUUCUGCAAACUCCUCUGAACAUCUGCUAUCCUAG